AGCGGGGCCCCGGAGGGGGGCUGCGCAGGGGGCCGGCGCGUAGCCGGGACUAUGGAGGGGCAGAGCGGCCGCUGCAAGAUCGUGGUGGUGGGGGACGCGGAGUGCGGCAAGACGGCGCUGCUGCAGGUGUUCGCCAAGGACGCCUACCCCGGGAGUUAUGUCCCCACCGUGUUUGAGAACUACACCGCGAGCUUUGAGAUCGACAAGCGCCGCAUUGAGCUCAACAUGUGGGACACUUCAGGUUCCUCUUAUUAUGAUAACGUCCGGCCUCUGGCCUAUCCUGAUUCAGAUGCUGUGCUCAUCUGCUUCGACAUUAGCCGACCAGAAACACUGGACAGUGUCCUCAAAAAGUGGCAAGGGGAGACUCAGGAGUUUUGCCCCAAUGCCAAGGUUGUGCUGGUUGGCUGUAAACUGGACAUGCGCACCGACCUGGCCACACUGAGGGAGCUGUCCAAGCAGAGGCUUAUCCCUGUUACACAUGAGCAGGGCACUGUGCUGGCCAAGCAGGUAGGGGCUGUGUCCUACGUGGAGUGCUCCUCCCGGUCCUCUGAGCGCAGCGUCAGGGAUGUCUUCCACGUGGCCACAGUGGCCUCCCUUGGCCGUGGCCAUAGGCAGCUGCGUCGUACUGACUCACGCCGUGGACUGCAGAGAUCUGCUCAGCUGGCAGGCCGGCCGGACCGGGGGACUGGGACCGAGAGCGAGAUACACAAGGAUCGAGCCAAGAGCUGCAACCUCAUGUGAGGGGCCGGCGUGGGGCAGAGUGUAAGGAGGGGCGGUGAGGGCACAGCUGUUCCCUGCCGCACCUGACUUCCGGACCGCCUGACUCUGGUAGGGACCUCAGGGCAGGCUGAGGGAGCGCUUCUCCUGGGCAGGAGAGCUGAAGGCAGAAGGGUGCCACCAUUCCCCACGUCCUCAUCCCCCUCCUCCCCACAGCAAGUGGAGGAAGCCAGCGGGACAGGCAUCUGGGCUGGGAGCUGGGCUGGGGAGGGGGUUGGGGAAGCAAGCAUGGAGCAGUGACUUUGGUUGAGUCUUAGUCUAUGAAGGGUGCCUUCCCUCUCCAGCCCCGGUAUCCAUAUCCUGGCCCUGGCUUCCUUCCCUAAGGAAAGUGUCCAUUCUGUGGCCUUCCCUUUUCCUCUCCUUUCCCUUCCACAGCUGUUCUCACUCAUCCUAACCUCCAGGCAACACACACUAAAUUAAAAAGCAAGUUGAGAAGCCCCUCCCCCAUCUACCCACAGUCCUAGCUCCCUCAAUCCCUUCCCCCAGCUGUCCCCAAAUAAAGCCCAUGUCCAUGGAAAA